AGCCAGUGCAAGCCACAGCGAAUACCUCCACGGUGAGCCGCGAGAGCAUCGUACGAUCAGCACCGUACCAUUAGCCCCGUACGAUCAGCACCAGACCUUGUUUCGACGGACGGCGACAUGGACGACAACGACGUCCGCGUGCACGACUUCCUCGACGACAAGCUGCAGACGGCCGGCGAUCUAGACUCGCUGGAUGCAUUGCUUGCCAAUAUCACCACUCAGCAUGGCCUCUUGAAGCAGCAGCUCGACGACGCCCAGCGCGACCUCUACGAUGCAAAGCACCACCAGCACGAGCACCACGCCCAGCUGCAGGACAAGGCAGGUGCCUUUCGCCGCGCCCAGCAGGACAUCGACCGCCGCGUGAUGGUCAUCACCGCCUCGGAGACCAGCGAUGACGCCGUCCCGCGGUUCGAAGCUGUGCUGGGGACGUUGCAGCGCCUCGACGUGGCCAGCGGAUACAUUGCGCUGCUGGGUGAGGUCGACGUGCUCAGCAAACAAGCCCAGUCCCAACUGCAGACCUCCAGCGAAGCUGCCCUCGUGCCCUACAAGCAGCUGCGCUCGCUGCACACCCGUCUGAUCACACUCCAGGACGAUGCUGAGGGUGCUGCCCCGCAGCUGCUCCACCACGUCAGCCAGAUCACCCAGGCUCUGCGCACCAAGAUCCUCGGUGCCUUCGCCGCCGACCUCGACAGUAUGCUCAAGAAGGUGCACUGGCCCACGCCCAAGGCAGUCAUCCCAUCACAGCUGCGUGGGGAAUGGGAGACAGCAAUCGUGAAGCUGCUCGAUCUGCAGAUGCCUGAGCUUGAGGGCAGCAACUAUGCAAGCGGGUCGGCGAACAAGGUCAAGCUGCCACCUGUGCUGUUUCCCUUUGAAGUGCUCGUACAGCCUCUGGAGAUGCGCUUCCGCUACCACUUCGAGGGUGACAAGCCUACGAACCGUCUUGACAGGCCUGAGUAUUUCCUCUCGCAUGUCACUACACUUCUAGACGACUACAGUGCCUUUGUCAGUGACUACGUGCAGCCUGUGCUGUUCAAGCACUUCCGUGGUACAGAUCUAGCGUUGAAUCCCGUCUAUAUUGAUGCCAUGUCUGCCUUCAUCACUGCGCUCUUGCCUGUGCUGAGGACCAAGAUCGGCUCGCUGCUGCCCAAGGUAGCGAGUCAGCCCCAGCUCCUCAGCCAUCUCAUCCACGAGAUUAUGAGCUUUGACUCCACCAUCAGAGACACGUGGGCAUACGAUGGCGGUUAUGGCCUGAGCGGCUGGAACGGCCUAUCGUGGGAAUUCCUUGUUCAGGGCAAUUGGUUCGACCAGUGGCUGCGAGUCGAGAAAGAGUUUGCCCUCAAGCGUUACCAAAGCAUCGUAGAGGCCGACGACUGGCGAGAUCUCGAUUACGAAAGCGUUGAUCCGAAAGCCACAAAACCCACAAAGGGUGCAAUUCGUGUCAACGAUCUGCUUGAAACGAUAACAGAUCGAUACAGACCCUUGACAUCUUUCAAGCACAAGCUGGCGUUUUUGAUCGACAUUCAGAUUGCCAUAUUCGACCAGUUUCACGAGCGGCUCAGCGACAACCUAGAAGCCUAUCUCCGAAUGACCACCACGCUGGGUCGCGCUAUGGGCGGCGUAAGCAGAGAGGAGCAGGAGAAGCUGCUCGGCGUCGAGGGUCUGGAGAGCCUAUGCAAAACAUACGGCAGCGCAGACUACCUCGAAAAAGCGAUGCGGGACUGGAGUGACGACGUCUUUUUCCUGGACAUUUGGGAGGAGCUGCAGGAUCGUGCUCAGCACGGUGGCAGCAUAGGCACCCGUACCGUUGCUUCCGUGGCCGAACGCACCUCCAAGAACGUCGGCGCAAGCGAAGCCAACGCCUCAGAUGCAGGUGGUCUCUUCGACGAAACGGCUUCGUGGUACGCGCGCCUGCGCGAUCGCAGCGAGCAAAUCAUCACCGAGACACUUGUCUCUAACGUGCGGCUGGCGCUGAAGCCGUAUCGCCAGAUCAAUCCCUGGGCCACCCUCUCCUCAUCAGUUAACUCCACCCUUUACGACAGCGUCUUGCGAGUCAGCUUCUCAACCCAAGGUGCUGCUCAACUGAACGCCGAUCUCGAAGCUAUCUGCGCUGUCGUGGACGAGAAGAUCGGCGCAGGCGUGGCUGAAACUGGAUUAAGGAAGUGUUUCGAGGGCGCGAAGCUCGUAGGCUUGCCUAUCAGAGGUGGUAAGACAUCUGCAAACACCAGCGAUCAUGGUGAAGAGGAGGGAAUGGAGGUGUGGGAUGCUUGGGCCGCAGAGGAUGCCGAUGUUGAUGCAGGUGACGAGCCGUCAGGGGCAGCGCCGCAAAAAGUAACGUCUACGCGAGAUGCAGGUGAUGAUGUCGAGGGUGCGGAGGAACUUGGGCUUUGGGAAGUCGAGAAGCGUUUGUUCGUCGACAAUGCUAGUGCUCGAGAUGUCCUCGAAGAGUUGGGACUUGAAGUCUUGGACGAGAAGGAAGCAAGGCGUCUGUUGAGAUUGAGGGUUGAGCUUGCUGGUUAGGCUUACAGUAGUCGUAGACUGAACACCUUCACGCAGC